AUAUGAAAUUCAAGGCUAUGAAAGAAAGUAAUUGUGGUAUGUCAUAAACAUCAAUAAGAGAGAUGAACUGUCAUUACAUAUAAUUUUAACUUUGGACUAAUAAUUAUAAAACCUUGAAGAAAGUUGUGUCGGCUACAUAAGUACGUGAAAUAUGGAUUUUAUAUAAUGAAGGUUACCUAGGUAUUUAGCGUCAUAGUUACGUCAGUUUACUGACGUUUUGACAGUCCUCUAACGUCAGGCGAGUAUUACAAUGGGAAAUCUCCACUUUGGGAUUUUGUAUUAUUUGAUUGUUUAAUCUAUAUGUGUAUUGAUAAUAAUCAUAACAGUAUCUACUCCACUCAGAUAUUAUACGAAGAAGCACGAGGCACAGUGUGACUAUAAGGGGUAAAAAUUCGGGCAGUUAAUGCUAUAAAACAUGUCGAACACGCAACAAAUUUUUGAUUAUAAUGAGGAAUCUCAGGCAGAUAGAUUGGCCAGGAAGUCCAAGGAUUCACCUUUCAUGAUCAUAGGUAUUUUGGGCUUAAUAGGAGUAUGUAGUUAUGGAGCCUAUAAAUUCAAGCACAGGGGCAAAAUGAGCACAAGUGUGUUUCUAAUGCAGCUCCGUGUGGCAGCCCAAGGCACAGUGGUGUCAGCACUCACUAUCGGUGUUGCGUACACCCUGGUGAAACAACAUUUAUUUAAGGAUGAUAAGAAGGAAUAAUACAUUGAAACAACCACAUUUAGCUUGAUUCAUUGGGAAAUGUAUACCUCAAUUUUAUUUAAAAUUUGUGAUCAUACAUUUAAUGUAUUUUUUAUUAGUUUACCAUUAUUACUGUAAGUAACAUGUAUUAGGCUGUUAUGUAAGUUACUAUGAAUGUAUUCUACAAGGUAAAUCUCAAGACCAAAUCUCAAAAUUAUAGCAAUCUCUGGCAUGUUUCCCAAACACCUUAUUUAUUUUAGGGCUAAUUUGUGUUCUGUGAUCUAUUAUAGCAUGUAUUAAUGUUAAACAAUACACUUUUGUUGUAUAUAAUGUUAUUUAAAUGUGAUGUCUGAAAGUUACUUUAAUACCUGUAGAAGUAGUAAUACUUUAUUGCCUUAAAGAUUGUUAUUUAAAAUUUAGCCAUUAUUAUUGAACUAGUACCUAUGUAUCUCUACAAGUUCUAAGCUUACUAAAGUAUGAGAUUGUUAUGGCUAAAAAAGUAUAAACCUCCAAAAAUUAAGAUUUAGAGAUGUGACAAAAAGUAUUGACGAAAGUUGAUUUUAUUAGACAAAUAAAUUUUAUUUUACCGAA